AUGCGGAGCUUGACGCCAUGGCUGCAAGUCCAGGUGUGGGCACCACGCGCAAGCCGCGGCAGCAGUGCUUACAGACGUUUUCCUGUGAUGGCUGCAGCGAUGGUGGCCAGUGCGAUGGUGACAACUGAACUGGCAAGGUCGGUUGCCUGCGCAUCUAGCCGAGCACCGUCCACUCCCAGGAGCCACCGUGCUCUUAGAAGAGGUGGCAGGAGAGGUUCCAAGCCGCGCCGGCGAGGAUGGAGGAGGCCAGCGCCUGGAGCCGACCUCGGGCCUGAGGAGGUACCGAUGUUUGCAACCGACCCGGAGGCGAGGGCUCGACGUCGAAAGCUGCUUUUAAACAGCGGCCCAGCGACGCAGCUUCUGAUUGGGGAUGCCAUUGGUGAUGCUUUCGGGGCCAUCAUCGAGAUGCAAGAUGCGUACUGGAUCCGGGAAUUUGUGACAUUCGAUCAGUGGCCCAAGAAUCCCAUGCGCAGGUCUGAAUGGAACACGAACUCCGUCUGGAACUCGGUUCACCGAUUGAUAGGUGAUGCACGGCUUCAGGCAGCUCCGAAGGUUGCCAUGGAGAUCGCUUCGUGGGGGGAGGUGGUUGCUUCCUGUGAAGCUCAGCGCUGCGUGGGUUGUUGCUUCGUGGGCGCCAUCCGCCUGAAGAAGGAACCAGUUCGAGGGUACUCCUUCGUCGUGGAGCACGAUGUGCCCGCACAUUCUGUCCUCCUCAUUGAGAAGCCGUUGCCCUUGAAGUGUGACGUGCCGCCUUGUUAUCAUCCGCGAACUGUCAAGGCUGUUCCUGCAUCUCUAUACUUCUUCCCACUCUUCUUGAUUCCUGGACACUUGCUUGAGAAGUUGCCUCGCUUCAUGCGAACGCUACGUGCACGUCUCAACAGAUUCGAAGCACUGUACGGCCUGGGGACGGUCUUCAACCACUCUUGCAGACCGAACGCGCGUAGACUGACCGAUGCAGACGAGAAGGUCAGCAUCAUUGCCGCCAGCCGCGACAUCCCGGCUGGCGAGGAGGUGACCUUGCCGUAUCAAGACUUUGGCCCAUCUUCCAGUGCCUGGUUUCGACGGCUUGUGCUUUACUACGGGUUUGGUUUCUGGUGUUGGUGCCCAUGCUGUACUUCUGACCAGAAGGCUCGCUCGGAGCACGCAUCAGAGGACGAGAUUGCCGAUAUCGUACUGCACGCACGGAGCCUGCUGUGCGAGGAGGAGAAGGAGGACAUCACUGAAACCAAGCUCAAGGUGAAAGCUUGGAAGUCCUGGUCGUUCAUCUUCUACUCCACUUUGGUGCUUGCGGGACCUCCGUUCGUCGCUGGCGCGGAAGACAUGCUGGAGUCCUGGCAGGCCGAGUGGGACUUGGCCAAGAAGCGGCCCCGACCCGCACCUCCGGGAGCAGAGAGGCACGGCCAUGGCAGCAUUAAGGGAUACUUCCGAGGAUUUCGCGACAUUGAUGAGGUCCGCAGACUUCAGUCGGGAAAGGAAGAUCCGGGGAACGCACCUCCAAUGCGGGCUCUACCAUUGGCUUUCGUUGAGAACAACUCCCUCAGAGAGCAGCUGUCCGUGAUGAAUGCAAACUCGACGCAUCCACAUGCUCGGGCACGUGCGGCAAGCUUCCUGGUGGCAGAGGGUGCUCGGUGGUUGAUCGUGGAGCGCGGGGACCAGAAGGAGGUCAUACGCAGUGCCUUGUCAAGGCUGCAGAACAGCAGUGUCAGCGACCGUGCCACAGAGGUGCAUUUGCGGAAGAUCGACGAACUGGAGGACUAUCACGACUGGGGUGGCCGCUUCCGGAAAAUGCCCGCUCACAGGCACGAGCUGCUUUGCGGUCCACAGCCGUGCCCUCCAGCUGAUGGCAUCGGAGCGGGAGAAGAUGGCUCCAGCAAGAUGCAUGGCCUUUGGUCCGAUGCCAUGAGAACUGCAGCCGUUGUGCUAUACCUCUUGAAGCAUCAUCGCGGCCCUUUAGACAUUCUCAGGGCAUCGGUCGACAUCGGCGGUGACGUUGAUUCCAUUGCCGCCCUAUGCUUGGGGGUUGUGGGUGGAUCGGUUGGCUUGGAUUUCGGAGAGCCUGACGGUUUGCCAUGGUUCCUCCUUGAAGAAGUCGAGGGUGUGGAAUAUCUGCAUGCCAGAGGGAAGAAGUUCGAGGAGUGGGUCGGAAAUCAGCAGACAGCAUGA